CUGGCGGUGCUCCUGCUCAGCCUGCUCGUCCUCGUCCUGUUCACCACCGACGUGCUGGCGUCGCGCGGCGAUAAGCUGCCGGAGUUCAAAGCAUGUGUCGAGACCUGUAUCGAGACCGAAUGCCUCCUCCCCAACACGCUGCCACUGCACCUGCGCCUGCUCCUGUGGACCUGUCCCAGCAACUGCGACUACAUCUGCCAGCGGACCAUCACACAGUCACGGCUCCAUUCCGGCCAAUCCAUCGAGCAAUUCCACGGCAAAUGGCCAUUCCAGCGUCUCCUCGGGCUCCAAGAGCCCUUCAGCGUAUUGUUCUCGCUCCUCAACGGCUACGCGCACCUGCGCGGUCUCUGCCAACUCCGGCGCGAGCUCCCGCCCUCGCACCCCAUGACGCGCUACUAUAUCCUCUUCUCGUACGUCGGCCUGGGCACAUGGACGUGCAGCGCCCUGUUCCACGCGCGCGACACAGUUCUGACCGAGCGGCUGGACUACUUCGGCGCGGGGGCCAACGUGCUGUACGGGCUAUACUACGCGCCAGUGCGAGUGCUGCGUUUGUGGCGACCACGGUUCCGGCGCGGCGUGCGCGCCUGGGGCUGGACGUGCAUUGCAGCCUACGCCGCGCACGUAUAUUACCUGCAGUUCGUCCGCUGGGACUACACGUACAACAUGGCGGCGAACGUGGUCGUCGGCGCCGCAAUGAAUGUCCUCUGGACUUACUUCUCGGUCACGCAAUAUAGCAGGCAUAAGCGCUUCUGGGCCGCCUGGCCGGGACUGAUUGUGACCUGGCUCAUCAUGGCCAUGAGUCUUGAGCUACUGGAUUUUCCGCCGGUCGCGGACGCCAUCGAUGCGCAUGCGCUGUGGCAUGCCGCCACUAUUAUACCCGCUAUGUGGUGGUAUAGGUUCCUU